AUGCGCACACUCAUAACCACUUACGCACUCAAUCAUAUCUCAAACUGGAGUCAGAGUGAGGAAACAGAAUGUCAGGGAAGGAAGCGCUGAAGCCAGUGGGAAAGCAGAGUUUGCUUCGAGUCUACAGAGCUCCUUUCUGAGCCGCUCUACAGGAGGGCCGAGGGGGAAGUUUGGACUUAUUAAAGUAAUAUUUUUGAAAAUAGUCCAGAACACAAAAGGAUUUUAGAUUAAGCUAAGUAGCAGAGUUAAGAGUUUUUCUUUCAAGAACUGGAUUUUCAAACAGAGAAGACAUACAUCAGGGGGAAAUUCUUGAAAUUCUCUUUGUCUCUGACCACUCAACGCUCUCCAGGUCUUACAGAGUCCCAUCAUCUGCUGCCAGCAUCGAGCUACAGGAGGACACAUCAGGUUUACUACACACGUUAACUGCAAGAAAAGAUGAGUCUAUCGCGGAACGGGACGCUGGAGAAGACCAUAUCGGAGCAUGGCCACUCUGAGCUGGCCUCCCCCUCUAGAGCGGGGUCAGGGGUCGUGGUGCCGCCUCCGUACUCUCUCGGUGGCAGCGAAGGCACUGACCCCCUGGAGUUAAGGGGCUCUUUGGACUGCUGGGCAUGCUCUGUGCUGGUCACUGCACAGAAUCUCAUCAUAGCACUGAUCAACGGCACGCUGGCCACCAUCAUUUUUGGCAUCAUCCUCACCCCGGCACUCGCCAUGAUCAUAUUCGGCUUCCUGUGCCACUCCACGGUGCUGCCCCAUGGAACAACUCUGUUUUGCUCAGACAUACUGGAUGACGGCGGCUGUGUGGCGCUGCUGGUUGUGGGCUUCCUGCUGCUCACACCCCUACUGGUCCUGGCACUCGCUGCCUUCUGUCGCCUGGCCCGACACCUCCAGCUGGGAAUGUGUUUUAUUCCCUACAGCCGCGCCGUCUACAAGAACCUGCCCGCCACUCGCCAGCGGAAGGCUGACGGAGGAGGGUGUUGUGGGCAGCAGGGGGGUUCAGAGAGGGAGGGGAAGGGGAGCGUAUGGGUGUAGGAGAGGAGAAGAUUGUAUAUGGUUGUAAUAUGUAUCCCUGUUGAAUGAUCAGCAUUGGAUUGUUGGAGUCUGGCUCUUCUUUUGUUUUUUUAAGCAAAUUACCAUUGUAUUUCUAUUUCUAAAGCCACUGUAAAAAGCCAUAUUUUAUAUUUCAUAUAUUUCAACUGUUAAUAUCUAAGUCAAUAUCUCAUUUUCUAUACAAUUUUAAUGUACUGAAUGUUUUUAUACCUUUUUACAAUAAAGUGUUAAUGU